AUGAGAGCUAUCUUGGCGGACACUCACAGUCCCAUCACAUGGGAAGCAUUCAGAAGCAAAUUUUAUGAAGAAUACUUUCCAGACAACGUUCGUUUUGUUAAGGAAGUGGAGUUUCUGCAACUGGUGCAAGGUGGGAUGUCUGUAUCUGAGUAUACAAAUAAGUUCAAGCAUUUGGUUCGUUUCAACACCAUGGCGACCAGUGAAGAAUGUCAGUGUAGGAAAUUUGAGAACGGGUUGAGGAGUGAUUUGAAGGUGUUGAUAUCCAGCUUGUGUAUUCGGUCUUUUCCUGCCAUGGUGGAGAGAGCCAAAGUACUGGAGAAAAAUAUGGCAGAGGUAGAGCAACAUAAGAAUCAACAAGUGGGUAAUGGUCCAAUCCUGUCAAGAAAUAAUUCGAACGUGAGAAGGUCUCCUUACGUUCGUCCAGCUCAGUCUCAUAGUGGAUCGCAAGCAGUGGUUGCUGUCGGGCAGUCUGGGCAGUAG